UGGGGGCUUUUGCGAAAGUUGGAUUGUAUUCGAGGUGUUGCAUUCGGGUGUGCUUGCUGCAGUACACUUUUGAAAAAGGGCGCUAAAAUGCGGCCGCUAAAAAGUUGCGGCAUCCUUGCUCGCGCGACAAGGAAACUCUCUGUUCGCUCGAACUUUUUGCGCCGCCGAUAACGAUACCACCCACCCAUUUACGAAUUUCUUUUUCAACCACAACGAUACCUCGAAAUGGCUGAAGUUCAGGAACGCACACGGUUACCGGUCGUCGUUGAUAAGCCUACCCCGUAUACUUUUGAUCUCGGGUACCUCCUCGCAAACGACCCAAACCCGCUGGAGCUGAACAGUGAGAACAUCGAGGAUGAUCUGAGUGCCACAGCGAGGGAUGGUGCGCAGGCACUCAUCAACCAGCUCUUGGGCACAUGUCCCAUUACUUCUGCGCCCGCUGGCGUCCUCCUCACCCUUCCUACCCCGAGUACGCACCUUCCGCGUGAAAAGCCUCUUCCACCGCCAAAGGCCGAGACGACCUGGGAGCGCUUCGCUCGCAAGAAGGGCAUUAAGGCCAAGACUGCCGAUGUGCGCCAGAAGAUGCAGUAUGAUGAGGCGACUGGGGAGUGGGUGCCUAAGUGGGGUUACAAGGGAGCCAACAAGGCCGGCGAGAACGACUGGAUCGUGGAAGUUGAUAUGAAGAAGGAGCGUGAGAGGAAGGAGGGCACGACUCAGCAGGGUGAUGGAAGGAGAGAUCGUAAGGAGAAGGUUAAGAGGAAUGAGCGUCUCCAGAGAGCGAAUGAGCGUAAGGGGAGAAAGGCUGGGGGGAAAUAAGGGCCAGAAAAGUAGUUGUUGGGGCAUUGUAAGGCGUUUGGGAAUGUUGGCGUUGGCUGGGUGGGAAGAAAAGGUUCGGCUUUAGUUUGAUUGAUGGCUAGCAGUGGACACGGCCAACGUCGAAUACAAAACAUGUAACUUUGAUAACUUCUCAAGGCAUCUGAAGUGAAUGGGGUCGACUAUUGGUGAAGCAUCUAGCAGCAACUUGCCGCAGAUAAAUUCAGGCUUGUUAGGCGCAUCCAAUCCAGAAUAUCAUCACAAGGCGGCUAUCUCUCCAUAGUAGGAAAGCAUUGAGG